UUGAGCACAGCAACACAUCCGAAGUGCACCCGACUUUUUCCAGGAAUAAACAAGAAUAUUUCCCAUUCUCUUUAUACAAACACUCAAAUGAAAUGAUGACCGAAGAUACAAGGAACGUCACUGCUUUUUAAGUGCCCAUCCUGUUUGUUUGACUUGAUAUCUACGAUUCCAAGGAGUAAAUCGGACACAAAUAUAUAUGAAAAAAAGAAUGAUGUCCUGGCACUAGCAGUUGUGUACUGGACCGUCUGUGUGAGCUGGUGGACAGCUCUUGGUCUGGUGUGAGAGAGACAGAGUGAGGAAGUGUGUGGUGAUGAAGGCGGGACAGAAGAAUGCUGUGUGUAUCAUGUCUAGUCGAGAGCGAGGAGCACAAUGCCUCGGCUCCCACAGGAUCCUACAGCAGUUUGUGGAGGAAAAGACACAGCGCAUGACAUGGCAGAGUCAGAAAGUGGAGUUACCAGACAGUCCUCGCUCAACUUUUCUUUUGGCCUUCAGUCCUGACAGAUCUUUGAUGGCUUCCACCCAUGUGAACCACAACAUAUACAUCACAGAGGUUAAGACAGGGAGGUGCGUUCACUCUCUGGUGGGCCACCACCGUACGCCCUGGUGCCUGACCUUUCAUCCUAGCAUUCCUGGUCUCAUUGCCUCAGGAUGCCUGGAUGGAGAGGUCCGAAUCUGGGACCUGCAUGGUGGCAGUGAGAGCUGGUUCACAGAGAGUAACUCUGCGAUCGCAUCUCUUGCUUUCCAUCCUACGGCUCAGCUGCUGCUCAUUGCCACCAACAACGAACUGCACCUAUGGGACUGGAGUCGGAGAGAGCCCUUCGCUGUGGUGAAGACCGCUAGCGAGACUGAGCGAGUCAGGUUGGUGAGAUUUGACCCAUUGGGUCACUACCUUCUGACUGCCAUUGUAAACCCUUCAAAUCAGCAGAAUGAUGAUGAUCCUGAAAUUCCAAUGGAUAGUGUGGAGAUGCCACAUUAUCGUCAUCGUUCCUUCUUGCAGUCCCAGCCUUUAAGGCGCACACCCAUCUUGCACAAUUUCUUACAUAUCCUCACUUCACGUAACUCAGCUUCUCAGGCCAGAGGCACUCUCCCUGCUGCAACUGAAGAGGCCUCUGAUUCGUCAGGCCUCUCUUCUGGACCUUACCCUGGUUUGAGGGAUCGUUCCCAGCUGCCAUACCAUGGCUGUGUUCAGCCACUUGGAAUGGUGUGUUUCUGCAGCCGUUGCUCAGCAACACUGGCUCCAUCGCCACCUGAUGAUGACCCUUCAGACUCGGCCUCCCUUGAGGGACAAUCACAUGCAUCUACCUUUACUUCUGCACGCACAGAACCACGGUUGCCAACUGAGUCUCGUCCUGCUAAUCGGUCCUCAGCAUUCAGCUGCGUAUAUGGAGGCGGGAACAAUUUACGGAACACAUCUUCUAGCUCUGGGAGGAGGGGCGUGGCUGGAAUGGUACCCAACCCACCUUUCCGCCAGCAUCCGCUAAGCAGGCAAGGUGGAGGGCGUCUCCCUGGGGCAGAUUGGACGGGCAGUGUGCUUGAUGGACGAGGUCGUAGUAUGCCUCCUCCCAGAACCAGUGCUUCCUCCGUUGGUCUGCCCCCUACUCUGCGACAACACAGGACUUCCAAUCAAUCACCUGUUUACACCUCUGCUGGUCAUGGAUGUGGCUGUCCUCCACCAGGGACAGGGGUUCAUAACAGCAGCAGCUCAUUAGGGGCUAGUUCCAGCAGGCACCGCCCGCUGGGGGAAGAGAGGCACAGCAGCCCUGCUUCCAUUCGCAAUGAUCUGCAAUGUAAUCUUAACCGCUAUUUUGUGGAGUAUGAGCACAUGCAAGACCUUGCACAGCCUCUAGAGGGCGUUAAUAGGGAGAGCAGUAGUCAAGACCAGCAGGCUCAGGAAAUGCUGAAUAACAACAUGGAUCCAGAGCAGCCAGGCCCAUCUCAUUUCCAGCCAUCUAACAGUGGAGAAAACCCCUCUUACAGUCACUUGAACCGCUGUAGAGUCUGCCACAACCUCUUCACCUACAAUCAGGGUACUCGGCGUUGGGAGAGAACAGGUCAGCCGGCAUCUGGUGAGGGAAGCACAGCUUGGCAACCUACUAGUCCUGCCAUACACAGCUUGGCCUUAACCUCUCAGUCUGAUCUCCACCUCCCUGAACGCAGACACAUGGAGUCCAGCACAGGUGUCCCAGAACCUGGCAUACCCUUUUCCCGCAGCAUUGCUACUGGUCCGCAUCAGGAGCAUGCGGUUGGGCUGGUCUUCAACAAUGAAACUGGACAGUUGGAGCGUGUUUACAGGCAGUCUGCCACCUCUCACUCAACUAAUGUAUCACAAGAUGCCUUAAACCAGGAAAUGCCUGAAGACACACAAGAAGAUGAUUACCUACGCAGGAGGCUGAUGGAGUCGUCCCUGAUGUCUCUUUCCCGAUAUGACAUCUCUGGAUCAAGGGACCACCCCAUCUAUCCUGACCCAGCCAGGUUGUCUCCUGCAGCAUUUUAUGCACAGCGUAUGAUCCAGUAUCUGUCUCGGCGUGACAGCAUUCGGCAGCGAUCUCUCCGUCACCCCAGCAGACCCCGACCCUUCUCCUCUAAUCCAGACAACCUCUCCCUUGGCCCCGCCCCCAGCGUAGAGAACAACAAUGUUGACUUUGAAGAGUUUGAGGACAAUGGAAGCAGACACAGGGCUCCCCGUAAUGCACGUAUGUCUGCCCCCUCCCUCGGUCGCUUUGUCCCCAGGCGGUUCCUCUUGCCUGAGUUUUUGCCAUAUGCUGGAAUCUUCCAUGAGAGAGGGCAACCAGGCCUGGCAACACACUCAUCCGUCAAUAGAGUCCUUGCAGGUGCUGUAAUUGGGGACGGUCAAUCGGCAGUGGCUAGCAACAUCGCUAACACCACCUAUCGUCUGCAGUGGUGGGACUUCACCCAUUUCGACUUGCCCGAAAUCAGUAAUGCGUCUGUAAACGUGUUGGUGCCCAACUGUAAGAUCUACAAUGACGCGAGCUGUGACAUCUCAGCAGACGGACAACUGCUGGCUGUGUUCAUUCCAAGCAGUCAAAGGGGUUUCCCUGAUGAGGGGAUGUUGGCUGUGUACUCUCUUGCUCCACACAACCUGGGAGAGAUGCUCUACACCACGAGAUUUGGUCCAAAUGCCAUCUCUGUCAGCUUCUCUCCGAUGGGUCGUUAUGUCAUGGUAGGUCUGGCGUCUCGCCGUAUCCUGCUGCACCAGAUCAGUGAUCACAUGGUGGCACAGGUCUUCAGACUGCAGCAGCCCCACGGUGGAGAGACGUCCAUGAGGAGGGUGUUUGAUGUGGUGUAUCCAAUAGCCCCCGACCAGCGGAGGCACGUCAGUAUCAAUUCUGCUCGUUGGCUGCCAGAACCAGGGCUUGGACUUGCUUAUGGAACCAACAAAGGAGAUUUGGUUAUCUGCAGACCUGUUGAUGUGGAUUCAGAUGGCAGCAGUACUUCUGAACACUCUGAGACAAUGUUCACCAUCAAUAAUGGUGGAAGAGUAGGCACCAAUAGCAGCAGGGGUGGAGAAAGGGCACGUAGGACUGAUUGGCGGUCUCACAGAGAGUUGGGCCUGAUGAAUGCGAUUGGUCUCCAGCCACGACACCAGGCCCCCAUUGUUACAUCACAGGGAACGCAGACUCUACAGCAACAGAAUGCAGAGACGCAAACGGACUAUGACCUAGAGGAUGAACCGCAGCAGCCCAGCACUUCUCAGGAGUCACAGGUCAAUGAUGACUCCCUGAAUUUAGAGACUGUGCCAGAGGAUUCUGGGUCUGAGGUGGUACCAGAGACGCCGCCCCACAGUCGACCUCAGGAAGAUGAUGGGUCAGAUCCCACUGAAAACAGCACAGGUCAGGCUGAGUAUGUUUCUCCUAUCCAAAGGUUAAUGGCUGAGGGAGGGAUGACUGCAGUCGUCCAGCGGGAGCAGAGUACUACAAUGGCUUCCAUGGGCAGCUUUGGCAACAACAUUAUUGUCAGUCACCAUUUCCACUGUGGCUCCCAAACAGGAGUGGAUGCACAGAACUGUACCCAUUCGUGCACUGCCCCUGGACCCUCCUCUGGUGCCUCUGUGACUUUGGCUGAAGCUGCAGGUUCUUGCUCCCAUGCCCUUCAAAACACACUGGGGCUUCAUACCAACUCAGCUCAGGGCACCUCUGCAGACAUAGACAUUGAGGAGAGACUUCACACUUCCCUCCUUUCACAGGAGUUUUCCCCUCUUUUCUCAUCUGCUGUAGACACAAAUGGACCAUCCACUUCCAUGGAAACAGACAGUGUCUUGGAGGGGGAGGGGCUCCAAGAUCUUGCAUCCCUCUCUCCAUCUUUACUCUCUUCCUCACCCUCUCUUUCUUCAGUGAAUAACAAUAACUACACCAGCAGAGAUGGUAACUACCACGGAGAUGAGUAUGGGCGGUAACAGGGCCAAACCUCAUUACAAUCUAGAACAGAGACUUUCACACAAUAGAAACUUCAUAAAAUAUUUGCACUUGACCCUUGCGUUCGCCUCUCUUCUCACCAUCAAAAUUGAUAUAGUGCAUCUGCUUUGAUGAAUAAUGAAAAAGAAAUUGGAUGAAGUGUUAAUGUUUCCUGCUCAGUAGCUCAAAACAGCCAUUCAAUGUUCUACUGGAAUCACCCUUGCUAAAGGGCUCUAUGAUGUCUGCACUGAUCUACAUUUGCCUGUUUACCCUUAUGGUAAAAGUGUGCACAUCUAGAGUGUGUUCAGAAUAAGGUGCAUUUUUAUGUAGAUGGCAGAAAGUCAGCAGGGUAAUGUAGCAGGUAAAAGUCUGCAGCAAAAAGAGGAAACCUCCGUUAAACUGAAGUCAUGUCUUAUGCUUAUUUGUAAAGGUGAUGUUUUGCUCCUCAAAAUUCCAGAUGCUUUUGGAAUAUGCUGCCCUUAUCAGACAAGUAAUCCUGUCUCAGACUGUCCUCUAGAAAUCAAGGUUACAUUCAGAACUAUUUGGUUACAUUACCUUUGGUUAUUUAAAUCAGUGGUGUUGAUGAAAGACCACUUUUUGAAGGCAAUGGGUAAAAGUUUUUUUGGUUUUGUUUUGUAUGAUAAAGUUUAAAAUCCAUAUCCUGUUUUUCUCUGAGUUGGAUUUUUUAGACUUAUAAGAGAGAAAUUAUACAGAGAGUUAUAUACAGUAAGAGUGUAUUUCUAUUAUGUUUUAUAUAGAGUUCAUUCUGUGAGAUUAAGGGUGGUGCUGGUCUGCAACCUCACAAAGUCAUCAACUACCUUUAAUGUUGAAGUCAGUCUCUUCUACACUCAUUGUUGCCACAGAAACUCCACAAGUUUCUUGCUUUGCCCCAGACUAAAAAAAAGAUAGACGGCUUUGAAGCAGGCAAAUGUUCCUUCAGUUUCCUAAUUUAUAAAAAACUGUUACAGUAAUUGGUCUUCAGAAGUACCAGCACACAAUGUGAGAAACCUUGGGCUUGAGACAUGGGCUCAGCAGGGAAAAACAACAAAGUCUGACUGAUGUGUCUAUGUGUACAUGUGGAUAUGAGAGAGACACUAACCCAGUUCUGUUAGGUAGUUUUUAAAAGCCUAUUGAAAGUUAAGCAGACUCCUGACAACUUUUGUGCUGCAUCCUUCCCUUUUAUUUCUCAUGUAGUGCUCCGGUUCCUAUCUGCUCUCUCAGAAAACCGUUCUGAGGUGCUGUGUGUUCAGUGAGUCCAUAGCAGUCAGCCUUUUGAAUUUCAGAAAUUAAGGCACAUUUAGGAUGAAGGAGUUGUCCACAAACCAAACUCUAACUAGAUAAACUAAAAGAGUAAAUAAGAUUAAAAUCCCUGAUCUGUUUAAGGGUACUUUCUGUGGAUAUGUGACCUUGGGGAGAGCCUAAAUGAUAGGAUGUUUCAGUGUAGAACUGCUGGCAAGUGAUCUCAUGGACGUCUGUGAAUUUGUUUGUGAGAUUUUAUUCUGUAUUUUCAGCUUAACAUGCAUAAUUUUCUUCGAUUACUUGGCGAGGCUCUCUUUUCUGUUGUUUUGUUUUAGCAAACCACUUUAUCCUGUAAAUUAAUGUCUGGCAGUGUCCUGAAUCAAGUCAAGAAUGAAUCAAGAAUUGGAGCAUGACACUCCUCAUUGGUAAACAGUUUAACCUCUGCUUUAGAUGUCAGCUCACUGGCCCCUCCUACAUCAAGUUACAUUUUAGUUCUCUUUCUGCAUUUGGUGUGUGGAGGACUGAUUAAAAAAAAUUACAGCAACUGUUUUUGUCAUGUGCACUCUGACGGUUUAUGUACUGAACAUUUGAAAGGGACUUUUUUUAUUUUUUGUCCGGUUUUUCUUUUGGUUUUAGUAAAACUAUGUUAUUAAGAAAUAAUUUCUAUUUUAAUGGAGAUAUUGGAGGCCAAAAAUGUAUCUGAAACUGAACACUGGGAAAACACAAUCCUGUAUGUGAUUUAAAAGGAAUAAAAUGAUG